AGAGGAAAUUUGUUCAGUACGUAUUGUACUUUGAAGCGCAACGGAGGUAUUUAAACGGAUCUUAUAGUUAACAGUGUUGUAAGAAAAUAUAUAAAAAAAGAUACAAGUUAAAUAGAAAACAACAACAGAAAAGUGUUUUAAGGCAGAAACAUAUGAAUGUGAAAACCUAUAAGAAAAUAAAGAAUUGAAUUAAUUGGCGAAAAGUAGAGAGAAAAUAAAAACAGUGAAAAACCAAUUAGAAAAAUUAUUAACAAAAAAAGGAAUUUUAAUUUAACAAAAAAAGAAUUUCCAUUUUUAAGGGAAAUAACCAACUAACGGUUAAAACUAAAGCAAAAGAUAAAGUAAAAGAAACAAAACAGCUAAAUAAGCAAAAACAUAACGAAGAAAAAGAAACCUAAAGAAAAAUUGCAAACAUUUUUUUGAAAGUUGUAAAGUUUUUAAACAUAAUAUAGUGUGUGUGUGUGUUUUUAACAAUAAAUUGCAGUUUUUUUAAUGAAUUUUUUUCUCUUUAUUACAACAAUAACAGCAAACAAAAAAGUUUAUUAUAACAACAAAGUGAAAGUGUGAAAAUUAAAAAAAAAACCUAAAGCUGAAGAAAUCUUUACAAAAAGGAAAAGCCAAAAACAAAUAUUGCAAUCAACAGAAAAAAAGGAAAAUUUGUUAAAAUCUAGACACAUUUUUAACAAAACUUGUUCGCUAAAACGGUUUAUAAUAAUCUCUUUAAAACCUUAAACACAAAGCGGCAUUUGAACAAAAAACAAACGAUUAAACAACAAUUUAAAAAUAUCAUAAAAACAAAAACAACUUUAAAACGGAAGUGUUUAAAAAAAUACAUAAAAACUCUUCAAAAAAUCUAACAAAAAUAGAAAAAAAAACCGAAAUAAAUUUUAACAAAAUUCAACAGAAUUAAUAUAAAAAAACACACAAACAACAAUAAUAAAUAAAAAAUUUCUUGCUACAACAAAUAAGAAAAAAAAUUACUAAAGAAAAUUCAAAAAAACCAACGGAAAUUGAAUCUUAAUUAGACAAAAUAAAAUAUUUUAAACAACUUUAAGCUUAACGUUUUAACACUUACCCCCCCACAAAAAAGUGUUUAAACGUUUAAAACUCUAAUAAAACCAAAAAAAAAAACUAAUAACUCUAACGCCUAACGCGCUUAUUAUUUCGAUUUUUAAAUCGAAAUAAACGUAAAUUUUCGUUCGUACGCGUUUUAACGUAAACCGCCAAAAUAAUUCACCAACAAACUCUCGCCGAAAUUAAUUUCGCAACGGCGACCACAAUGCCAUACAACGGGGCAACUAAUGGUAGUAGCGGUGGUGGUGGCGGCGGCUUAAUAGUCAGUGAUGGGCCGCAGAAUAAAAAGAUACGCACCGGGGUGCAGCAGUCGGGCGAAGGAGAUGCUCAUAUGCAUGCUAGGCCCGCCCAACAACAGAAUCAACAGCAACCAUUGUUGAAUAAAUCAAAUGAUGAUUUAAGAAGAAAACGCCCAGAAGCAGCACGGCCAAAUCAUAUUCUAUUAUUCACCAUUAUAAAUCCCUUCUAUCCCAUCACAGUUGAUGUUCUACACAAAAUAUGUAAUCCACAUGGCCAGGUCUUGCGUAUUGUUAUAUUCAAAAAGAACGGUGUCCAAGCUAUGGUGGAAUUUGAUUGUUUAGAAUCGGCCACAAGAGCUAGAGAAAAUUUAAAUGGUGCUGAUAUAUAUUCGGGUUGCUGCACAUUGAAAAUUGAUUAUGCUAAGCCGGAGAAAUUGAAUGUUUAUAAAAAUGAACCAGAAACCAGCUGGGAUUAUACUUUGACUACAGGUGAGUUUGAGUUUUAACGUUUUUAUUAGUUUUUAUCUGUAGUUUUUAUUAUUAUUUUUUAAAUUUAUGAUUUAUUGCACUUUUCCAAAGAAAAACUUUUAUCAAAUAUAAAACAAACUAAUUCUCAAUAAAUUCAGAAACUACUCUUUUUCAUAAAUUUUUACACUUUCGUAUGAUUUUUAUUAGUAAAAAAAAGAGAAAAUUUGAUUAAAUGCCAUUUUUGCUGUAAACUAUAGACCAGAUCAGACUAUAGUCUGAAAU